AUCUUUACAAAAGCGCGACAAUGAUUAUUUUCUACUAAUCACAAAGAUAUUGGAACUUUAUAUUUAAUUUUUGGAGCUUGAUCAGCUAUAGUUGGAACAGCUCUAAGAAUACUAAUUCGAGCUGAACUUGGUCAACCGGGUAGACUAAUUGGAGAUGAUCAAAUUUAUAAUGUAAUUGUUACAGCUCACGCUUUUAUUAUAAUUUUUUUUAUAGUUAUACCUAUUAUGAUUGGAGGUUUUGGAAACUGACUUCUACCGUUAAUGUUAGGAGCACCAGAUAUGGCUUUCCCUCGAUUAAAUAAUAUAAGAUUCUGGCUUCUUCCUCCAGCUUUAAUAUUAUUAAUUAGUGGUUCUUUAGUAGAGGCGGGGGCUGGAACAGGAUGAACAGUUUACCCUCCUUUAUCAAGUAACAUUGCUCAUUCUGGUGCUUCAGUUGACUUAUCAAUUUUCUCUUUACAUUUAGCAGGUGCUUCGUCAAUUUUAGGUGCCAUUAAUUUUAUGUCUACAGUUAUUAACAUACGAGCUGAAACACUGACAUUUGAUCGACUUCCAUUAUUUGUCUGAAGAGUAUUUAUUACUGUAAUUCUUUUACUUUUAUCACUUCCAGUACUAGCAGGAGCUAUUACUAUGUUGCUAACAGAUCGAAAUCUAAAUACCUCAUUUUUUGAUCCAACAGGAGGUGGAGAUCCAAUCUUAUACCAACAUCUAUUUUGGUUUUUUGGGCAUCCUGAGGUUUAUAUUUUAAUUUUACCAGCUUUUGGAAUGAUUUCACAUAUUGUAGCCAGUGAAAGUGGUAAAAAAGAAUCUUUUGGAACUUUAGGAAUAAUUUAUGCUAUGAUUGCAAUUGGAAUUUUAGGGUUUGUUGUAUGAGCUCACCACAUGUUUACAGUUGGAAUAGACGUUGAUACUCGAGCAUAUUUUACUUCUGCUACUAUAAUUAUUGCUGUGCCUACAGGAAUUAAAGUCUUUAGUUGACUUGGAACUUUACACGGUACACAAUUUUCUUAUAGCCCUCCUCUUCUUUGAGCUUUAGGAUUUCUAUUUUUAUUUACUGUUGGAGGGGUAACAGGAGUAGUUCUUGCUAAUUCAUCUAUUGAUAUUGUUCUUCAUGAUACAUAUUACGUAGUAGCUCACUUCCAUUACGUCCUAUCUAUGGGGGCUGUAUUUGGUAUUAUAGCCGGAGCAGUCUACUGAUUUCCAUUGUUAACAGGAAUUACUAUGAAACCAAAAUGAUUAAAAAUUCAUUUUGGAUCUAUAUUUAUUGGAGUUAAUGUAACUUUCUUUCCUCAGCACUUUUUAGGGUUAGCGGGUAUACCUCGACGAUAUUCAGACUAUCCAGAUGCUUAUACUGCAUGAAAUGUAGUUUCAUCAAUUGGUUCUACCUUAUCUUUUAUUAGAGCUUUAGGGUUUAUUUAUAUUAUUUGAGAGGCUAUGGUUUCUCAACGACCUACAAUUUUUAGACCAAAUCUAUCCUCUAACUUAGAAUGAGUUCACACUACUCCUCCUCAUUACCAUAGUUACGACGAAUUACCUCAGUUUACAAUUCGAUA